AUGUGUUUAUUCUAUUUGAUUUCGUUUCUCCUCUUCCAUCCAAACUAUUGCGCGAUCAAGAAAUACACAAACUACACACUGUAUAGAGGUGUCCCAGUCAAUAAAAGUCAUUUGAAUUUCUUCAACAGCUUGAGUGAGAUGUUUGACGUUAAUUUUUGGACCCCUCCUGGCUCUUUGUACAAACCUAUAGAUUUUGUUUUGGCUCCGGGAGACAAAAAAGCUUUCCUGAAAAUGGCAGAAGAAUACGAUGUAUAUUUAUCAACGCUCAUUGCUGAUGUGCAAAGAGCGUUUGAUAUGCAAAGAGUCAAAUCGUACAUAAGAAGAAAUUUGGGUUCAUUCGAUUGGAACGAUUUUUAUAGGAUUAAUGACAUCUAUAAUUGGUUGAAGGAUCUAAAAGAUAAAUAUCCUGAAUUCGUGAAAGUAGAAAGUAUUGGUACUACCUAUGAAAAACGUCCCAUUCUCGCUGUGCAUGUCACUUUGCCUGGAAGUAAAUUGAGGUCCAAAGUGAUUGUCGAAGGUGGUAUUCACGCCAGAGAAUGGAUAGGUCCGUGUUUUGUGACGUACAUGCUUCAGCAGAUCCUCGACUCGCCGAAAUCGAAUAACUCGAAUUUAAAAGACAUUGCGUUGACCUACGAAUGGUUCUUUGUGCCCGUUCUCAAUCCUGAUGGUUACGAGUACACUCACACAAAUAACAGACUUUGGCGUAAGAACAGAAAUAACGAAUACGGAGUUGAUUUGAAUAGAAACUUCGACCAUGCUUUUGGGACCGUCGGAGUCAGUUUUUCCCACUACGAGGAUACGUAUUGUGGCGCGAAAGCGUUUUCCGAAAAAGAAACAAUAGCGAUGUCUCAUUUCGUGAGAAACCACAGUAAACAUCUGGAAUACUAUUUGGCCUUCCAUUCGUACGGGCAAGCCAUGAUCCUGCCUUACGCGAAUACAAGAGCUCACAUGGAGAAUUUUGAUACUGUGGCAGCCAUGGCUAAACAAGCAGCAGACCACAUAGCUCUCAGAUACAAUACCAGAUACGUGUAUGGAACAGCUUAUGACACUGUAGGUUACGUGACAUCCGGCGUCAGUGGUUGCUGGGUCAAAGAAACAUUUAGUGUUCCAUACGUCCUUACAUUUGAACUUCCCGACCGAGGGCAAUAUGGUUUCGCUCUGCCCAAUGAGAAGAUCACGCCGACUUGUAUAGAAACCAUGGAUGGUGUUUUGUCACUAUUGAAACCUCGCACGAAAAUUUACGAUAAACUAAGACACGAGCACAGGGGUCUCGAUGACGGUCAAAGGACGAAGUUCUUGGAUAAAUUGGUGAUCCUUUUUAAUGUGUGCCUGUUUGUUAUUGUUCGUUUUGAUUAA